AUGUUAGCAUUACCUUCUUCAAAAGCAUCUAAUGACUUUGUUUUGGAUGCACUACCUUAUAUUGAUGAUGCCGAAUACGACGAGUCACACAGGAAGUUCGCUUUGAGUAUGGUGGAAGAAGAGCAGAAGCGGUAUCCCAUGACCAAAGAUUAUCUGAAGAAGUUUCCCAAGCCAAAUUAUGGUAAGUUCUUGACACCUUUGCUGGAAGAUGAAUUCAAAAGGAUAUCAGAAGGAAAAGUAAGUUCAUUUUAUUGGUUUUAGGUAAUAUUUAUUGAUCUAUAGCUAAAAUUAACAUUAUCGUACAAAAUAUUAAAUGUAAUUAGUGCAAUGUGAUGUUUUAGGCUAUGCCUGAAUUUGAUAUGAGCAGAUAUAUGGUUCCAGUGCCUUCGACAACUGCGGAUCGUCAGACAUGGGUUAAUGUAAGGUUAUAUUCUGAUAUAUGAUUGUGUUUAGGCGAUUGGAAAUUGUGAUGCUCAAAUCGAGAACAUGAGGUUGAAGAAGCUGAAUCUGGAGCUAAUGCAAACUCACGGAGGACCAGCUUUGGUCAAGUGCAACAAAGUAUUGAAGACAUUGGCAGACAAAGAAGAGCAAACCGUGUUCAAGUUAAGAUCUCAAUUGUUCGAGACACAUUCACGACGAAAGAGGAGACAGGAAGACGUACGAUCACAGUUGUUGCACAUGGGAUCACAGUGGAUUGUUUUGGUGAACAAGAAUAUUAAACUAGACGAUGCCAUCCAGAACAUGGAAGCGGAGUUGAAGGCAACGGCCAAACGGAUCAAAAUCGAAUAUAAUGUGGAUCCGGAUAGUAUCAUGGUAUGA